AUGGGCGUGGCCCGCGGCGUCGGCGCGCGGGCGGGCGAGCGAGGAGGCUCGGAGCUCUCUGUACGCCAUCUUGGCAGCUCCUCGAAAAAGUCACUGGAGUUGCUCAACUCUAGGCUCCAACUCGUUAUGAAAAGUGGAAAGUAUGCACUGGGGUACGAGCAGACUCUGAAAAUGAUCAGACAAGGCAAAGUGAAACUGGUCAGCCUUGCCAGCGACUGCCCAGCCUUGAGGAAAUCUGAAAUAGAGUAUUAUGCCAUGUUGGCCAACACUGGUGUCCAUCACCACACUAGCAAUAAUAUUGAAUUGGGCACAGCGUGUGGAAAAUACCACAGAGUACGCACACUGGCUCUCAUUGAUCCAGGUGAUGCUGUUCUCAUUAGAAGCACGCCAGAACAGACCGGUGAAAAGGAAAUCAUUGACUCAAGAGGCCUUGUGUUCCAGAUAGACAGAGCUUCUAGCAGCUGGAUCCCUAAGUGGCUGUGUGCAGCAGAACUUCCUGCCAACAAUGUGGGACUUGUACUGUGA